CCCAUCAUCCCGCCGCUCCCCGCCCUCGCAGCUUCUGGAUUUGUGAAGACCCCCGUCCUUGUCCCGUGGACUUCAGAGGACAGCAACCCCAAGGUUGGAUGGGCUUGUGGGAGACCGUGGUCCCCAGAACGUGAGGAAUCUGGCUUGUUGCCCUCUUCCUCCUUCUCCCCCACACUGAAGGCAUGUCUUCACCCCAUGAGGGGCACUUCUGUGUCCACCCAUCCCCAAGUGUCCAGCCCUCUGGUGUCUCCAGACAGACCUGUCUCUCUGGACUCCUCCAGCUCUUGCCUAUCCAUUCCCCAUAGCACUCCAUGUCAACCUAGGGUCUACUGAGCACAUGUUGUAUACCUGGCAUGGCUUUGGGUACUGAGGACCAACAGCCAGGUGCAGUGGACCAUACCUCUAAUCAGUGGCUCAGGACCCCGAGGCAGGAGGCUGGCGAGCUCAAGGCAGCCCAGGAACUUAGCGAGGCCCUGAGCCAUGCAGUGAGACCCUGGCUCAGAGAGGGGAACAUCAAAGGGCUGGGGCUGGGGCUCAGUACCAAAAACCAACCAGCCCUACAGGGAGGAACACAGAAGCCGUUGUCGCUCUUCUUCCUGCCCUCAAGGUGUGACCCUCUGGGGGGAGAGGGGGCAGUGAACACAGGAACGUGCUUCCAGGCCAGGACAAGUGCGGAGGUGGGGAGGAAGACGGGGUCAGGGAGGGGGCGGCUGCAGCAGCUCUAGGGAGGCGGCUCAGGGUAGGGCAUCUCUACAGGAGGUCACUCUUGUGCUGAGACUUGAAAGAAGCAAGAGGCCGAUGGCAGUGCCAGCACAGGGGUCCUGAGGCAGGGUGGCGCCUGGCUGUGGCCGGUUUGGGGAACCGAGAAGAGGCUAGURGAGUGGAGCAGAGGGGAGAAGGAUCCUGUCCACACAGCUUUUUGGUCAUCAGGAUUCUGGCUUUUGUCCUCAAUGAAAGAGUCAUCAAAGGGGAGGGAAGCUGCGAUCUGCCUGUUGGGUGGCUUUGAGAAGUGGGGUCACUGAAAAGUGUCCCGAGUUCAGGUGGAGGAUAGUGGGGGGCUGGACCUAGUGGUCGCCAUGGAGGGGGAGAGGAGGGGCAGGUCCAGGGCCACAGUGUUACCAGAUGCUCAUCAAAUGAAGGCCCACCAAACAGGUGUGGCUGCGGCCAGCCCCUCCCGGCUCAGGCCCCCAGGCCAUGAAGGUGCUGCUCCUCACGGGGCUGGGGGCCCUGUUCUCCGCCUACUACUGGGACGACAACUUUGAGCCAGCCCGUCUCCAGGGAGCCCGCGUGCUGCUGACCGGGGCUGCGGGCGGCGCUGGUGUUGGUGAGGAGCUGGCCUAUCACUACGCCCGCCUGGGCUCCCACCUGGUGCUCACUGCCCAGGCCGAGGCCCUCCUGCAGAAGGUGAACUUCCUGAGUUAUGUGCAACUGACUAAGUUGGCGCUGCCCAGCCUGACUGACAGCAAGGGCUCGCUGGUGGUGGUGUCCACGUUGCUCGGCCGUGUGCCCGUGUCCUUCUCCACCCCCUACUCAGCGGCCAAGUUCGCGUUGGACAGCUUCUUCGGCUCCCUGCGGAGGGAGCUGGAUGUUCAGGACGUGAAUGUGGCCAUCACCAUGUGCGUCCUGGGCCUCCGGGAUCCGGCCUCCACUGUGGAGGGAGUCAGGGGCUUCAUGAGAGCCAAGGCGUCCCCGGGACCCAAGGCGGCCCUGGCUGUGAUCCGAGGUGGUGCUACACGAGCCUCCUGUGUCUUCUACCCGUGGCGCUUGCACCUGCUCUGUCUGCUGCGAGGCUGGCUGCCGCACCCGAGGGCCUGGUUCAUUCGCCAGGACCUCAACAUCUCUGCAGUUGCAGCCUGAGUCCCCUGGGGCUCCUGUCUUCCCAGACGGGGGGGGGGGGUACCAUCCAGCUGUUCCUGGAGUCGGGACACUAACAAAGACACCUCCGAGAGGGUGGCCGGAGUCCAAGAUGGAGUCAUCAGGGCAAAAGCCAAACAGAAUAUCUGCGGGCACCUGGAAACAAACUGCAGGUGUUCGGCACCCCCUCAGUCUUGGAAGGCAGCAGCCCAGACUUGGGGUUCUUGGAGGUCACUGGUGACAUGUGAUCAUUGCUUCCACUGUGCAAAUAAGAAACAGUCUCCAGAAAAGUGAUGCUCCCUCCCCAGGUCGCCUGAGGUGGAUGCCCUGAGUCACCUCUGGGAGCCUCUGAGUCUCAGUUGAUUCUUUCCACUAUUCCAACUGGGAGCAUUUCCCACCCCCAGCUAGGGUCUCUGGUACUCUUGACACCUGCGGUCCACCUGAUGGCCAGGUGGGAAGAAGAGGAGAAGAGCAUAUUCUGGGCUAGACUCAGCCUCCCGUUUCAUAAUAAAAGGUCUUCCCUUGCUUAUGUACAUAUAUCUAUUACUCAAAUUCCUUUUGCCUUCCAAUUUUAGGAGCCGGGAGAGGGGCUAGAACUAUCAACCUGUUUUGUAGGUGGAGAAAUGGAGACAGACAGGAUGGGCUCCCCUCAGGAAGUCAGUGGGAGAGGCAGGGGCACUGAUGGACCUGCAGGACUUGGUUGCAGCGUCAGCAAUAGUGUAACCGGGCCCCACGCCCUUGAGGUCAAGGAUCUUGGGCCUCGCUGUUGGAGUUUGGUCUUACAGUUGUUCCCAUUCUGAGGAUGACGCUGUAGCUUAGGCAGGUUGGGCUAAUGAGGGCCACAGCUGCACAUCUGUCAAUUAAAAACGGACGCUCCUCAAAAUGGAAAGCCAGUGCUGCUGGUCUAAAGCAAUUGUAAAAAAUAACUGGCAUGGAUACAAUGUUACAAAAAGCUGCUACUGUGGGCUGUCCAGGGCUCUGUCCAAGAAAGACUGUCCUCGUCACACCAGUCCCAAACUGAGGCUGUCUCUUAGAGACAAGUAAGAUUGACAGAAGAAGGGGUAAAAGGGGCGCGGAAAUCAGAACUUCCAGAUCUUGUUGUUUCCACCACCUGAUUCAAGGUUGUUCAGCAGGCAUCCCUCGGCCUGGCAUCAUCCCAGCACGACCUUACGUCACGUCAAAUGCCACCAGGAGGCACUGUGACCACUCCCUUCAUGAAAUCAAUAAACCCGUUGAUGGAGGUUUUUUCGUGCCACCUUACAUAUGGAAAAACUGGGGGGCCUGGGAGGUGAGGUUGCUAUGUCCGGGUUAACCAACAGGCUGCAGCUUCGAACUCUGCGGC